AUGUCCGAGGCUUAUUUCCGGGUGGAGUCGGGUGCACUCGGGCCUGAGGAGAACUUUCUGUCGCUGGACGACAUCCUGAUGUCCCACGAGAAGCUCCCGGUUCGCACAGAGACCCCCAUGCCUCGCCUCGGGGCUUUCUUCCUGGAGCGGAGCGGAGGUGCCGAGACUGACCAUACGAUUCCUCAGGGCUCAAAGCUCGAACUCCCCCUGUGGCUGGCAAAGGGACUUUUUGACCACAAGCGGCGGAUCCUUUCUGUGGACCUUCCCAAGAUCUACCAGCAAGGUUGGAGGACCGUGUUCAGCGCCGAUGCCAACGUGGUGGACCUCCACAAACUGGGGCCGCAUUUCUAUGGGUUUGGCUCCCAACUCCUGCAUUUUGACAGUCCAGAGAAUGCAGACAUCUCCCAGUCUCUCCUGCAGACAUUCAUUGGACGUUUCCGCCGCAUUAUGGACUCUUCCCAGAACACUUACAAUGAAGACACUUCGGCAUUGGUAGCCAGGCUGGACGAGAUGGAGAGGGGCUUAUUUCAAACAGGGCAGAAAGGACUGAAUGACUUUCAGUGUUGGGAGAAGGGGCAGGCUUCUCAGAUCACAGCUUCCAACCUCGUUCAGAACUAUAAGAAGAGAAAAUUCACGGAUAUGGAAGACUGA